AUGCUGCACGGUUCGUCACAGUUCGCCAUCUGCCCACAUGGGCACCCGGCGCCCAAUUUCAAACGCGACGCUGCCGAGUGGUAUAACACGGUUUCUGUGAUGUUCGAUGCUUCAUAUUCGUACGUUGAGCAAAGCUUGGCGGCUGGAAACGCAAAUACCUCGAUCGUGGCCUCACUCCUACAAAACCUCGACGAUAAUGACAAUCAGCCUGAAGAAGAAGUCAUCAUUCGUGAAGCUUUUGGAGCCGCAUACAGCGCCGGAGUAGACACGACGUAUUCUUCAAUAAACAUAUUCAUCCUCGCUAUGCUCAAAUUUCCAGAUGUGCAACGAAAGGCCCAACAAGAGCUAGAUCGUAUCGUCGGGCUGGGGCGUCUUCCUGACUUCGAGGACCGCGGUUCUCUCCCUUAUAUAACGGCAGUCCUGCGUGAGACUCUUUGCUGGGUACCGAUUGCACCGCUUGCGGCUCCGCACCGGCUCACAGUUAACAAUGUGUACGAAGGGUUUCAUUUUCCCGCAGGCUCUCUUUUCAUAGGCAACGCCUGGGCCAUUCUACAUGACGAGACCAGAUAUCCCAACCCAGAAGCGUUCGUCCCCGAGCGGUUCCCGACUCCUGAGGGCGAGCUCGACAGUAACGCCCCAGAUCCGAGGGAGGCAUGCUUCGGAUAUGGUAAACGGAUGUGUCCUGAACGCCACUUUGCCCUAGAGUCGGUGUGGAUUGCCAUUGCAAGUCUUCUUGCGGUCUAUAACAUUGAGAAGGCGGUGGACGAGCUCGGAAGGGUCGUAGAACCCAGUGGAGAAUACAUAUCUGGAGCGCUCUGGUAUGUAACCCGUAUAUCUGAGAGCUCGUGCUCCGUUGUCAGCUACCCGUUGCCAUUCGACGCCAGCUUCAAGCCUCGCCACGUAAAUGCUACAGCAUUGAUUCAAUAA